UGAUUGCAAAGAAACAAUAACUGUCACUUUUACGCCUACAAUUACUUUGUGCUCUACACCAACACCAACCCCGAAAUGUUGUCAAUCAUCUGGUGGCCCAGGGUGGCAAAACAAAUUUCAUACACCACAAUCUGCAAACGUAUUCGUUAUUGAUAAUAUUACUACCUCACAAGAUUGUUGUAAUUUCUGUUUUAAUGAUCCAGAGUGUCUUCAGUGGAAUUCGUAA